AGGCCAGGUGCGCGGGGAGUGCCCGAGGGUGCGCGUUAUUGCUCCGGCUUCUUGCUGCCGUCCUUCUUCCGAGGGUCUGGUGGUUGGUGGUGGGCUGUGGUGGCUUGGAUCAGCUUGGGCCAGCGGCAAUUGGGGUUCAGCAGCACGGCGGGGGGCCCCGUCAGCACGAGACCCCCUGACACGUAACGAUGGGGAGACCCAGGAAGGAGCCCACCAGCACAUCAUCCCCUCGGCCAGCCACCGCCGCCCCCAAAACCGCCCCCGCCGCCCCACCGCCUUCUGCCUCAGCCACCCAGGCCAAGGCCACGGCCGUGGGCAGCCGAUCCAGGAACGCUCCAGCUGCCGGCCCCGGCCGGGGGGCAAAGCCAGACUCCUCUCAACUGAGACCCACAGCAUCCCGUGGGGCAAAGCCAGACUCCUCUCAACCGAGACCCACAGCAUCCCGUGGGGCAAAGUCAGACACCUCUCAGCCGAGACCCACAGCAUCCCGUGGAGAAAAGUCAGACUCCUCUCAACUGAGACCCACAGCAUCCCGUGGAGAAAAGUCAGACUCCUCUCAGCCAAGACCCACAGAAUCCCGUGGAGAAAAGUCAGACUCCUCUCAGCCAAGACCCACAGCAUCCCGUGGGGCAAAGUCAGACUCCUCUCAGCCAAGACCCACAGCAUCCCGUGGAGAAAAGUUAGACUCCUCUCAGCCAAGACCCACAGCAUCCCGUGGAGCCCGAGGAGAUGCCGGGGGCGAGCACUCAGCAUCCGCCGGGAGUUGCUCUGCAACCCAGAAGAAGUCACCUGGUGCCAAAGGAGCCGCCGGUCCGGCCAGAUCUGACCCACGGCCACAGAAGCAGCAGCCCGAGGCUGAGCUGAGUGGGGCCUGGGGCCAGCUCCUGCCCCCCCUGGAGAGCCAGGACAUCGCACGGGUGGAGAAGGAAACGCGGGGCCAGCGGAGCAACCCCAAGUGGUACGAGUGGCGGCAGAACCGCAUCACCGCCUCCGUGGCCCCCAGGAUCUCCAACAGCAAGUUCGCCAAUGGCAGGACGGACGAGGUGCCCCAGUCUUACCUGAAAGCGGUGGUGAGCUCCAGCCCCGGGGUGCAGACGCCAGCCAUGGCCUGGGGGGUCCGCAGAGAGAAGGCGGCCGUGCAAGCCUACGAGCAGCUGAAGUCGCGGGCGGUGGGCACGCCGGUGCGGGUGGAGGACUGCGGCCUCUUCAUCCACCCGGAGAAGAACUGGAUGGCCGCCAGCCCGGACGGCAUCAUCAAGGAGGCGGCCACGGGGAAGGCCCUGGGGCUGCUGGAGGUGAAGUGUCCCUACAAGCACAGGAACAGGACGGUGCGCGAGGCGUGCAAGGACAAGGACUUCUGCCUGGAGGUGGACGGGGACUCGUAUGCCCUGAAGAAGGAUCAUGCCUACUUCACCCAGGUCCAGUGCCAGCUGGCGGCCGCCGGCUUCCAGCAGGCCGACUUCGUGGUGCACACCACCAAGGAGACGGCUGUGGUCCCCGUGGAGUUUGACACCGAGUUCUGGGGACAGACGGUGCCCAAGCUGGAGAAGUUUUACACGGAGGCGGUGAUUCCCCACCUGGAGGAGAAGGCAGACAGAUCCGUCUGGGCCAAGGAAGAGUAGACCCUCCUGCCUCGCUCACCCUGAUGCUCGCUUGGCUGUGCAAACCUGGCUUUGGCCCUUAGCAUAGAAUUUACGCCCAGUUUUGCUGCUGUUCUUGGACCAGUUGCUGCCUCUGCCCCAACGCAACUGUCUCGGGACUGACACAUUGUACCAGCAGGACCCUGCCUUGGUAAGGGUCCCCAUAAACGGUGACACCUCUUCCUGCCCCAGCCAGGCCAGCGCUUGGCCCCCAGUGCCUUCUUGUCCAGUCCCCCUCACUGCAUCCUCCAUUUGACCCAACAUCACUGCCUGACAGCUGGCACACCGCUGGAUCUGCAGGGGAAACCGGUCUGUGCUGGAAUAACACUUAUUUUGUGGAGAAAACUGGAUCCUUUGGCAGCUCAACUGCUGUCGAGACCAAACCAUAACUCUACUGGAGUGCGGACAGGGAAGGCUUGUCAGAGUCCAAGAGCAGAACACAGCUUUUGAGCUAAAUAGUGAUGUGCCUCUGGAGUCACAGCAAGGGUGCGUGGACACCCUUCCUCCCUGAACCAUCGGACCUGCUGCUUCUCUGGAGUAACCCACGAGGAGUUGGCUGCAGCCUCAGGAAGAUGGUUGAUCUCCUGAGGACCCUCCUGUGGAGCAUCGCUGUGUGCUGCAGCAGGGUGGGGAAGCAGUCAUCACUCUAGUAGAUCUCUAUUAAAUGCAAGAAUGCACUGGC